AUGGAGGCCCUACUAGGAAAGGCACGCAACAUGUGCCCUUACCUCCACAAGACUUCGCCCGCCACGCUGCGCUCGCUCUCCACCAGCACGAGCAUGCAGCAGAGCGUCAGUGCAGGUGGCAGCGCCAUGUCCAACCUACAAAUCACCGCUCGUCGCUGCCCCGUCAUGGGCAAGGCUUUGUCCGUCCAGGGUGCUCGCAGUGGCAAUGCCGCUUUGAACGGCGUUUUUGGAGGCUCGCGUGCCUACCACGCCAAAGUCCCUCGCGCCAAAUUGCACACCAGCAGCUCCAAGGAAGCCCAAGCCGUGGAGAGACCUGCAGAACGCCGUCAGCAGCACGCUCCGUUCUCCCGUCCUUCUGGCAAUGCUGCGAGUGCUUCAGCCGCGACCGGUCACGCUCUCACUGGUGUUCCACCGCCACCAAAGGCGGCUCGAUUCGAUUAUGAGGAAUUCUACGGAAACGAGCUGGACAAGAAGCACAAGGACAAAUCGUACCGCUACUUCAACAAUAUCAACCGACUGGCUCAGGAAUUUCCUCGUGCACACAUGUCUGGACGGGAUGAAAAGGUGGAUGUGUGGUGCUCCAAUGAUUAUCUCGGAAUGGGUCGGAACCCACAGGUGUUGAAGAAAAUGCACGAGACGCUGGACAUGUAUGGUUCCGGAGCCGGUGGAACACGAAACAUUUCAGGACACAACCAGCACGCUGUUGGAUUGGAGGCCGCUUGCGCAAAGCUUCAUGCAAAGGAAGCCGCGCUGGUCUUCUCUUCUUGCUACGUUGCGAACGACGCUACGCUGGCGACUCUGGGAAGCAAGCUGCCUGAUUGUGUCAUUCUUAGUGACAGCUCGAACCACGCAUCGAUGAUCCAAGGCAUCCGCCACUCGGGUGCUAAGAAGGUCGUGUUCAAACACAAUGACGUUGUCGAUUUGGAGAACAAGCUUGCCGCUCUUCCCCCAGAUGUCCCAAAGAUCAUCGCUUUUGAGAGUGUUUACAGCAUGUGUGGCAGUAUUGGACCGAUUGAGGAGAUUUGUGACUUGGCUGAGAAGUACGGCGCCCUUACCUUUUUGGAUGAAGUCCAUGCUGUAGGCAUGUACGGGCCAAACGGUGGCGGUGUUGCUGAGCAUCUYGACUACGACGUAUACGCAAAGGGAGGAAACACCCGCGGAACCGUUCAGGACCGCAUUGACAUCAUCACUGGAACUCUCGGCAAGGCUUAUGGGUGUGUUGGAGGCUACAUUGCUGGCUCCACGAAGAUGGUUGAUACCAUUCGUUCACUCGCUCCCGGGUUCAUCUUCACGACUUCUCUCCCACCAGCCACCAUGGCAGGCGCCCAGACUGCUAUCGAGUAUCAGAUGGCGUACCAGGGAGACCGUCGCCUGCAGCAGCUCCACACUCGUGCCGUAAAGGCGUCUUUGGAGGAGCGCGACAUUCCUGUGAUGCCCAACCCGUCUCACAUCAUUCCUGUCCUCGUCGGAAACGCCGAGGUCGCGAAGAAGGCUUCUGACCUGCUUCUCGAGAAGCAUCAGAUCUAUGUGCAGGCCAUCAACUACCCUACCGUCCCUGUCGGACAGGAGCGUCUCCGCAUCACCCCGACUCCUGGUCACGUAAAGGAAUUCCGUGCUCAUCUCGUCCAAGCUUUGGAUAGCGUCUGGACCGAGCUGGGCAUUAAGCGCACUUCUGACUGGGCGAAGGAGGGCGGCUUCAUUGGCGUCGGCGAGCAGAAUCCAACAGCUGUGAAGCCUCUUUGGAAUGACUCUCAGCUGGGCUUGGAAGAGGUCGCUCAGGAGCUCAGCUCCGGCGCGAGUGCUCAUGGCGUACUUGAGCGUGUCCUCGAAAGCGAGGCUCGCCAGACUCGUCAGGCCGUUGCCGCUGCAGCUUGA